UUUAUUUCUUUUUUUUAUAAUCGCAACAAGUCUCAGGCACCAUGGUUGCGUCAGCUAUUCGGAUGCGCACCCCGAGCGCCAUGUUCAUGUCCAGAGGAGCCGCCGCUAUGCGCCGGCCUCAGGUCUCCUCCAAGCUCCAGGAGGUGAUUCAGAACCAAGUGCCUGCGCUCUCUGCCCUUUCCCGCUUCUAUGCCUCCAAGUCUUUCCCUCCCCACACACUCAUCAGCAUGCCGGCACUUUCGCCGACAAUGACCGCCGGAAACAUCGGCGUGUGGCAGAAGAAGGCCGGAGAUGUCCUCCAGCCCGGUGAUGUUCUGGUAGAGAUCGAAACCGACAAGGCACAGAUGGACUUUGAGUUCCAGGAUGAGGGUGUUCUGGCCAAGGUCCUGAAGGAGAGCGGCGAUAAGGAUAUCGCUGUUGGCUCGCCCAUUGCCGUCCUUGUUGAGGAGGGUGCCGAUGUCUCUGCCUUCGAGUCUUUCACCCUGGCCGAUGCUGGUGGUGACAAGGCUGCCCCCGCUGAGAAGAAGGAGGAGCCUAAGAGCGCCGAGCCCUCCACCCCGGCCCCAGCUGAGGAGGCCCCCGCCGCCCAAGAGCCUGAGACUUCGGACGAGAAGCUCCAGCCCAGUCUUGACCGUGAGCCCACUAUCAGCCCCGCCGCUAAGGUCUUGGCCCUCGAGAAGGGUGUGUCCAUCAAGGGCCUCAAGGGUACCGGUCGUGGUGGUGUUAUCACCAAGGAGGACGUUGAGAAGGCCAAGCCCGCCACCACCGCUGUCUCCGGUGAGGCUUCCUUCGAGGAGAUCCCCGUCAGCUCGAUGCGCAAGACCAUUGCCAGCCGCCUGAAGCAGUCCAUGGCCGAGAACCCCCACUACUUCGUCUCCACCACUCUCUCGGUUACCAAGCUUCUGAAGCUCCGCCAGGCCCUGAACGCUUCCGCUGAGGGUCAGUACAAGCUUUCCGUCAAUGACUUCUUGGUCAAGGCCUGCGCCGUUGCUCUUCUGAAGGUCCCCCAGGUUAACUCCAGCUGGCGCGAGGAGAACGGCCAGGCCGUCAUCCGUCAGCACAACACCGCUGAUAUCAGCGUCGCUGUGUCUACCCCCUCCGGUCUUAUCACCCCCGUCGUCAAGAACGUUCAGGGUCUCGGACUCUCCAGCAUCUCCAAGCAAAUCAAGGACCUUGGCAAGCGUGCUCGCGAGAACAAGCUUAAGCCCGAGGAGUACCAGGGUGGCACUUUCACCAUCUCCAACAUGGGUAUGAACGCCGCUGUCGAGCGCUUCACUGCUGUCAUCAACCCCCCGCAGGCCGGUAUCCUGGCUGUUGGCACCACCCGCAAGGUCGCUAUCCCCGUCGAGACCGAGGAGGGCACCGUUACCGAGUGGGAUGACCAGAUUGUUGUGACUGGUAGCUUCGACCACAAGGUAGUUGACGGUGCCGUUGGUGGUGAAUGGAUCAAGGAGCUGAAGAAGGUCGUCGAGAACCCUCUGGAGCUUCUGCUGUAA